AAAUAUUUGAUACAAAUAUUAUACGAAAUAUUUUAAUAUCAAUUUUAACUACGAUUGUUUUAAAAUCGAAGUAUGUUUGUCACCAUGAUAUGAUUCAGAAGACAUAAUAUAGUACAUUUUCAAUCUUUAUAUUCUUUGAUAUCUACAAUCAAUUUUUAUAAAACAUGGCAAAAAAUUCUUUAUCGGAACAAUUUUCCUUAAAAUGGAACAAUUUUUCUAAUAAUUUAACAUCCGGUUUUCUAAAUCAUUUUACUGAAAAUGAUCUAGUUGAUGUUACACUUGCAGUUGAGGGUCAGUUGUUACAAGCCCACAAAUUGAUUCUUUCAGUAUGUAGUCCAUAUUUUAAAAAUAUAUUUAAGGAAAAUCCUUGUCAACAUCCAGUCAUUAUCCUCAAAGAUAUGAAAUAUGCUGAAAUUGAAUCAUUGUUAAAAUUUAUGUACCAAGGUGAAAUCAAUAUUAAUCAAGAAGAUUUAUCUACAUUUUUAAAAGUAGCACAAACAUUACAAAUAAGAGGAUUGACAACAGAAGAUACAAGUAGCACAUCAUUUGAUAAUUAUGACCAAUUAGAUGCUGAUUCUUCUUUUACUCAAAAUAUUGUUCAAUCAAAUUUGGCUUCAAUAAAUGAGAUUUCCAAAGAUGUAAAUAUGAUAGAUAGAAGAAAAAGAUCCCAUGAUAUAACAAAAAAAAGUUGCAAAAAGAAAAAACAAGAUGCAUUAUUAACAUCAGAGAAUAUUCACAAUGCAUCUAAUAAAAAAGUAAAUAAUGAUAAUCAAGAAGUUUUAUUUUUAAUGAAUAAUGAAAACAAUGAUACAAAUGAUACCAUAGAUGAAGAAAAUAUUUCUACUUUAAAAAGCAAUAAUGAUAAAAAUGAAGAUACUACUUUAGUAUAUUAUCCUUUUCCUUUGGAUAUUGAAAAUUCACAAGAAAAUUCAAGUGAACAAGAUGUUGAACCCGUAAUUUAUAGACUUUCUGCACGAGGUCGACCACAAUUAGUGCAUGAAGGUUAUGUUUAUAACUUAACAUCUCGCUCCGAGGGUUUAAAUAGAUCUCAUUAUAGAUGUGCUGAACAACAUCGUGGAUGUAAAGGUAAAUGUGCAGUUAUUGCUGAAAGAUUUAUGCCUACAGGUGUACAUGAUCAUAAUCACCCACCUGGAUAUCAAUCAGAACAUGAUUAUAGAAAAAAAAAAGGUUUAGAUGUAGAUACUUCUUAAAUCAUAAAUAUUUCAAUUUAUAAAUAUAGAAAAAAACAUUUUAUUAUUUUGUUAUUAUAAUUUCAAUAAAAAUGAAAAAUACUAUUCAAAUAAUAUUGACACAAAAUAAUAUAUAACAAUAGUUUUUCAUAAUAAAUAUAAUAUUUUUAAAUUAGAAAAUAUUGUUUUCUAAUUUUGCAAUAAAAAUUAGUUAAAAUAUUACAAUAGUUGAUAAAAAUAUGUGAUUUCUAUUGCAAAAGUUAUAAUCAUAACUAUAUAUAAAAAUAAUUUAUGUAAAUCAUUAUAUUUUAAUUAACUGUGAUGCACUUUUUUAAGAUAUAUAAAGGAAAAUAUUUUAAAAAAUGUGAUGUGAACACAUUCCAUUUAGUAUUAUAUUUGCAUUAAAGUAUUUAAUUUAUACUAAAAGUAUAUCCUACUAAAAGUAUAAAUUAAAUAAAAGUACCAAAUAAAAGUAUUUAAUUUAUACUAUAUGUUUACAUAUAGAAUAUUAUUUUUCAUGUAAUAAAUAUAAUUGUUAUAUAAUAAAUAUAAAUAUAAUUGUUUUUUAUAACAUAUACAUAAAUGUAAACAUGUAUGUAUAUAUGUACAUAUGAAUUGAAUGUUUUACUUAUUUACAUUUAGGUUAUAUAAAAAUAAUUUUUAUAUAACUUAUCAAAGAAUAAUAAAUUUUUUAAUAUAUAAAAUAGAAAUUAAACAAAUAACAUCAUUAAUAGUAUAAAAAAUAUUAAAAAUUGUAAAAAAAUUUAUUUUUAUACUAUUUCAUAAAUUUUCUUUUUUGAAUUGAAAAAUAAUUAUUAGAAUUAAUGUGAUGAUUAUAAAUCAUUCAAUUUAUAAGAAAUUGAUUUUAUAAUUUUAUCUGUAAAAAUUUAUAAAUAUAUAAAAAAUAUAGAAAUAAUGCAUUUUUCAUAAGCUUAGAAAAAUUGUAUGAACAAUAUUGGUUAAAACAAAAAUUAAAUAAUAAGAAAUUUGUUUCACAAUUUUGCUCAAAUCUAUCUCACAUCCAUGAAAUUCAUUUAUUCGAACUGCAUGUUUAUUUUUAAUUAAAACAUUAAUGUCGUCUAGCCAUCUUCUUUUCCAACUUCCGUUGUUUCUUCUCACUAACCUCAGGUUGUUCUGGAGCUGGAGCAAAAAACCAUGGAGCUAAUAUUUGUUUCCAUAGCAUCCAACCUCCUCUUAAUGGUACCUAUUAUAAUAAUUCAAUGUAAAUAUUUUAUUAUCUAUUUAAACAUAUUAUAUAAGUAAAAAAUUGAGAGAAAUAUAAGAAAUGAACAAAUUAUUUUAAAUUGUUUUAUAAUUUAUAAAAGUAUAUUAUUUUAUAAUCAUAUUAUUUAUUUAUUUCAUUAAGUAUACUUACAAGAAGCCAUAGCAACCAAAAAUAAUUUGAUAUGAGAGAAAGUACUUGUACUCCAGAAGUUAAUAUAAUUAAAUCUUUUAUAUGUCUAAAAUAUGAAAUGAAAAAAAAAAUGUUAUUAUAUUUAACAAAUUUGUUAAUAUAUAAUAAAGUAUUAUAUUAUUUAGAAAUUAUUAAAA